AGGUUGCUGGGUGUGGAGGUGGAGCUUCGGGAUUAUUGUUCACCGGUUUGAGUGACUGACUGAGUGAACGUCUCCAAAGUUUGACCGGCCUCUCGUUUAAUUGUCCUCUGCUGCACGUUUGACUGUUGACCAAACAACCUACCACCGAGUCACACUGUGGGCAAAAGUGACGCACGGAGACGCAAAGAAGAGUCUGGGCUCCAGGAGAAGUAGACCCGAAAGUUUUUGAAGGACUCCUGGUGUCUCUGCUGGAAGAGUAACCCAUGAAACAAAGAGUAAAUUUACUACUGUAGCUCCUCACUGACUGACUGACUGACUGUCCUCCAUCCUGCAGACGCUCAGGAGGAAGAUAAUGGACUGAAACUCUCAGAUCUGCUUCAUUGUCUUGCGUGGAAUCACACUAACAACACAUGAGUUGGAUUGACCGGACGCGCGGUUUCCAUACUGUAAAUCCUCGGGGAUUAAAAUAACGAGGGCAAUGGAUAAUUUCUUCACGGAGGGUGACCGGGUGUGGUUGCGGGAGGAGGAGCAGUACCUUCCCAGCACGGUGUCCUCAUGCUCUGGAGGUGUUGUUGUCUUUGCAACAGACUAUGGCCAGGUGUACACCUACAAGCAGAAUGCACUCACCCGACAGAAGGUGCAGCCCAUGCACCACAGCAGCAUCAGAGGGGUGGAGGACAUGGCGACCCUCGAGGACCUUCAUGAUGGCGCUAUCAUGCACAACCUCUUCCAGCGCUACCAGCAGAGACACAUCUAUACUUACAUCGGCUCCAUCCUGGCGGCGGUGAAUCCUUACCAGCGGCUCCCCGGCCUGUACGACCGGCUGGCCGUGGAGCUGUACAGCCGACACCACCUUGGUGAAAUCUCCCCACACAUAUUUGCCAUCGCCAACGAGUGUUACCGCUCACUGUGGAAGAGGCUGCAGAACCAGUGUGUCCUUAUCAGUGGAGAGAGCGGCGCUGGAAAAACAGAAAGCACCAAGCUGAUCUUAAAGUUCCUGUCGGCCAUGAGCCAGCACUCCCUGGAGGUAUCGUCAAGAGACGGGACGUCACAUGUGGAGGAGGCGCUGCUGGAGAGCAGUCCCAUCAUGGAGGCCUUUGGAAACGCCAAGACCGUCUACAACAACAACUCCAGCCGCUUUGGGAAGUUUAUCCAGCUGCAUUUCAGCCAGAAGGGCAAUAUCCAGGGAGGCAGAAUCAUUGACUACCUCUUAGAAAAGAACCGAGUGGUCCGGCAGAACCCAGGGGAGAGAAACUACCACAUCUUCUACGCCCUGUUAGAAGGAAUCAACACCCAGCAGAAAGAGGCAUUCGGGUUGACCCACCCUGACAGCUACCAUUACCUGAGACAGUCCAGCUGCAUCGCUGACAAGACAAUCAAUGACAAGGGCACUUUUCAGGAUGUUUUGAAUUCCAUGCGAACGAUGCAGUUCACGGAGGAGAACAUUGGGGAGAUCCUUCGCCUCCUGGCUGGGAUCCUCCACGCAGGGAACAUCGAGUUUAUGACGGCGGGAGGAGCGCAAGUCUCCUCUAAAUCAGCAGCCCUCAGCCGGACGUCUGACCUCCUGGGGCUGAACUCAGAUCAGCUGGCAGAGGUCCUGACCCAUCGGUCCAUGAUCCUCAGGGGCGAAGAAAUUUCCACACCUCUGACUGUGGAACAGGCGGUAGACUCCAGAGACUCCAUGGCCAUGGCACUUUAUUCUCAGUGUUUCAACUGGAUCAUUCGUAAGCUCAACAUCCGCAUCAGGGGCAAAGAAGACUUCAAAUCCAUCAGCAUCCUGGACAUUUUUGGAUUUGAGAACUUCGAGGUCAACCGCUUUGAGCAGUUCAACAUCAACUAUGCAAAUGAGAAGCUUCAGGAAUAUUUUAACAAGCACAUUUUCUCCCUGGAGCAACUUGAAUACAACAAGGAAGGCCUGGUUUGGGUUGACAUCAACUGGAUGGACAACGGGGAGUGUCUGGAUCUUAUCGAGAAGAAACUGGGUCUCCUGGCGUUGAUGAAUGAGGAGAGUCACUUCCCUAAAGCCACAGACGACACCUUACUGGAGAAACUCCACAGCCAGCACUCAAAAAACUCUUUCUAUGUGAAGCCACGUGUUGCUGUGCACUACUUUGGAGUCAAGCACUAUGCAGGAGAGGUGGUGUACGAUGUGAGAGGGAUGUUGGAGAAGAACAGAGACACUUUCAGAGAUGACAUACUCAACCUGCUGAGGGAGAGCCGGUUGGACUUUGUCUACGACCUGUUUGAACAUGUAUUAAGCCGAAACAAACAGGACACUCUGAAGAACAGCUCCAAGCACAGACGGCCCACAGUCAGCACCCAGUUUAAGGUUUCAUUGCACUCCCUGAUGGCCACACUCAGCACUUCCAACCCAUAUUUCAUUCGAUGCAUUAAACCAAAUACACAGAAGAUGCCUGACCAGUUCGACCAGACGUUGGUUCUGAACCAGCUCAGAUAUUCCGGCAUGUUGGAGACGGUAAAGAUUCGACGCACCGGCUUCCCCAUCCGGAGACCUUUCCAAGACUUCUGCUCCAGGUACAAGGUGUUGAUGCGGGGCGUGAUGAUACCAAAUGACCCCAGGGGGAGCUGCAUCCAGCUGCUGCACCUCUAUGACAGCAGCAGUGCAGAGUGGCAGCUGGGCAAGACCAAGGUCUUUCUUCGUGAGUCUCUGGAGCAUCGCCUGGAGAAGCAGAGGGAGAUGGAGGUGCUGAAGGCGGCCAUGAUCAUCCAGGCCCACGUCAUGGGCUACAUGGCCAGGAAGCAGUACAGGAAGCUUCUGCAGUGCAUUGUGGUCAUUCAGAAGAACUACCGGGCUUUCUACUGGAGAAGGAAGUUCCUCCUCCUCCGCUGGGCAGCGCUCACCUUCCAGAAACGUGUGCGGGGCCAGCUGGCCCGCCGGGCCUACAGCCGGCUACUGGAGGAGAGGAGGAGGAGGGAGGAGGAGGAGCGCUGCAGGAGGAUGGAGGAGAUAGAGAGGGAGAGGCAGAGGCUGGAGGCUGAGAGACUCGCCAGAGAGGCUGAAGAGGCCAGAAGACUGGAGGAGCUUCAUCAGGAGUUAGCCUCUCUGGCUCUGCCUCAGCCUGCAGGAGCAGCUGCAGCAUCACCGGACACCUUGGAGGAGCUGGAGUCAGCAGAGGCCCUCGAGGAGGGAUCUGAAGAAGAGGAGGCAGUCCGUCCUCACGAGGCAUCUCAGGUGGAGGAGAUCCUGCGACUGGAGCGGGAGAUCCAGGUGCUGCAGAGGCAGAAGGAGCGUCAGGAGCUCUCUCUGACCGAGGCCUCCCUCAACCGCCUGCAGCUUCUCCGUGACCAGGAGCUCAGGCGUCUGGAGGACGAAGCCUGCAAGGCGGCGCAGCAGUUCCUCGACUCGCUGAACUUUGACGAGAUUGAUGAGUGCGUGAGGAACAUUGAAAGCUCGUUGGGAGUCAGCGAAGGGGACGAGAAGGAGAAAGAGGGUGGCCGGAGGAGAGGCAACGAGGAGGAGGAGGUGGACGAAGGCUUUGGGGCUGAUGAUGAGGCCUUCAAAGACUCGCCGAACCCGAGCGAGCAUGGCCACUCUGACGGCCAGCGGACAAGCGGGAUCCGAACAAGUGAUGACUCGUCUGAAGAAGACCCAUACGCCAAUGAUGGUGUGAUCCCACCACUGCCACCAACCACCCUGACUCUGCUUCACCAGCCGCUGCCUUUACCACCAUUGCCCCUCGCCUGCCACAGCAACUCCUCCAGCGGAGACUCGGCCUACUGCCACCCCCAGGCCUCGUCCGAGGCUCAGUCCGAUGACCUGGUGGAGCUCAUACCACCAGACGAGGAUUCAGACUACGACCAGGAUGACUACGAUGAGGGAGCCAUUGUGUCCAGUGGCAGUGUGGCCUUCUCCAACCCUCGCAGCGGCCAGUGGUCUCCUGACUACCGUGGUUCUGUAGGCACCUACAACAGCUCAGGGGCUUACCGCUUCAGCUCGGAGGGGGCUCAGUCUUCGUUUGAGGACAGCGAGGAUGACUUUGACAGGUUUGAUACCGAUGACGAGCUGUCGUAUCGGCGGGACUCAGUCUACAGCUGCGUCACGCUGCCGUACUUCCACAGUUUCCUCUACAUCAAAGGCGGUCUUAUAAACACGUGGAAGCGGCGCUGGUGUGUUCUGAAGGAUGAGACCUUCCUGUGGUUUCGGGCCAAGCAGGAGGCUCUGAAGCAGGGCUGGUUGCACAAGAAGGGAGGGGGCUCGUCUACACUGUCCCGCCGCAACUGGAAGCGCCGCUGGUUCGUGCUGCGGCAGAGCAAGCUCAUGUAUUUUGAAAACGAUGGCGAGGAGAAGAUGAAGGGAGUGCUCGACAUGCAUAAUGCCAAAGAAAUAAUUGAUAACACUGGUAAGGAGAAUGGAAUCGACAUUGUGAUGCCAGAGAGGACCUACCAUCUGAUCGCAGAGUCUGCCGAGGAUGCCAGCCAGUGGUUCAGCGUGCUGAGUCAGGUCCACGGCUCUACAGAACAGGAGAUCAGAGAAAUGCACGACGAGCAGGCCAACCCCCAGAAUGCUGUGGGAACGUUGGAUGUAGGGAUGAUCGAUUCGGUUUGUGCGUCAGAUAAUCCAGAGAGGCCGAACUCCUUCGUCAUGAUCACGGCAAACCGCUUGCUGCACUGCAACGCCGACACGCCCGAGGAGAUGCACCACUGGAUCACUCUGCUGCAGCGCUCCAAAGGAGACACCCGCGUCGAUGGACAGGAGUUCAUCAUUCGAGGCUGGUUGCACAAAGAGAUGAAGAACAGUACAAAAGCCUCACUAAAGCUGAAGAAGCGUUGGUUCCUGCUUACCCAUAAUUCCCUGGACUACUAUAAGAGCUCAGAGCGUAACGCCCUGAAGCUGGGAACACUGGUGCUGAACAGCCUCUGCUCAGUGGUUCAGCCGGACGAAAAGGUCUUCAAAGAGACCGGCUACUGGAAUGUGAUUGUGUACGGCCGUAAACACUCGUACCGUCUCUACUGUAAGCUGCUCAAUGAGGCCACACGCUGGGCCAACUCUAUCCAGAACGUCAUCGACACCAAAGCUCCCAUCGACACACCGACCCAGCAGCUCAUCCAGGACAUCAAGGAGAACUGUCUGAACUCAGAGGUGGUGGAGCAGAUAUACAAGAGGAACCCCAUCCUUCGCUACAGCCACCACCCGCUGCACUCACCACUGCUACCACUGCCUUACGGCGACAUCCACCUCACCGCUCUGAGAAACAGAAGCUACACAACGCUGCAGGAAGAAGCCCUCAAAGUGUUCAGCUCUCUGCAGCACCUGGAGGGCGUGGCUGACCCAGUGCCCAUAAUCCAGGGUAUCCUGCAGACCGGCCAGGAGCUCAAACCUCUGCGGGACGAGCUCUUCUGCCAACUUAUCAAGCAGACGACUCGUCCGCCACAGCCUGGCAGCCCCGGAAACCUCUGCAGCUGGAAGAUCCUGGCCUGCAUGUCCUGCACGUUCGUCCCCACAAGGAGCAUCCUCAGAUACCUGAAGUUCCACCUGAAGAGGACUCGAGAGCUCUUCCCCGGCUCUGAGAUGGAUCGUUACGCCGCCUUCUCCCUCGACUCCCUGAAGAAGAUUCGAGCCAGAGAGAACGUCCCGUCGCAAGAGGAGAUCCGCUCCAUCGUGGCCCGGCAGGACAUGAGCACCACAGUUCACUGUCAUGGCGGAGGAUCCUGCAAGAUCACCAUCAACUCACACACAACAGCCGGAGAGGUGGUGGAGAAGCUGAUCCGUGGCCUGGCCAUGGAGGACAGCAGGAACAUGUUUGCUCUGUUUGAACACAACGACACCACGGAGAAAGCCAUUGAGAGCCGCACGGUGGUGGCCGACGUGCUCGCCAAAUUUGAAAAGCUCUCAGCCAGCCCAGACGAACACAACACCGGCUGGAAGUUUUAUUUCAAGCUCUACUGCUUUUUGGACACAGACAACGUUCCCAAAGACAGUGUGGAGUUUGCCUUCAUGUUUGAACAGGCCCAUGAAGCUGUCAUCCGUGGUCAGUAUCCGGCCCCUGAGGAGACUCUGCAGUUCCUGGCUGCCCUGAGACUUCAGUACCUCCUGGGCGAUCACAGCUCCCAGACCAACAUCCCUGAAAUGUCCCAGGUGUUCCCCAUGGUGCGACUGCGGGCCAGGGUGCAGAACUCAGCCAAGACGUUCGCUCCGGGCACCGGCUCAGUGGCCGACCGCUCAGGGACGUCCGAGAGGAAACGUUCAAGCUUCCUGGAGGGAACGCUGAGGAGGAGCUUCAGGAGCGGCUCUCUGAGUCGGCAGAAGCUGGAGGAGGAGAACAGCCUGGAGGCGUGGAUGAGGGAGGAGGCAGCGGCGGUGAGAACCUGCGUGAUUGACAAGUGGAAGAAACUGCAGGGGAUGAGCCAGGAACAGGCCAUGGUGAAAUACAUGGCUCUGGUGAAGGAGUGGAAGGGAUACGGUUCCACCCUGUUCAACGUUGAGUGUCGAGACGGAGCGUUUCCCUCUGAGCUGUGGUUGGGCGUGAGCCGGGAGGCCAUAUCUGUGUACAAACGAGGAGAGCCGUGGCCUCUGGAGGUUUUCCCGUAUGAACAGAUUCUCUCCUUCGGAGCUCCGCUGCCCAACGCUUACAAGAUCGCCGUGGAGGGCCGAGAGCUGGUCUUUGAAACACAGAUGGUCAUGGACAUCGCCAAGUUGAUGAAGGCCUACAUCAGCAUGAUCGUCAAGAAGCGCUACAGCAACUGUCAGUCUGUCAGCAGCCACGGCAGUCAGUGCAGUGCCUGGUGAACUCUGCCCUUUAACCUUUGACCUUAUGGCCACCUGCCAGAGUGCCACAGAAGGUCGAGCGUGGCCGCCACGGGCUGUGCGUGGAUGGCCAUCCUCCGCGCUCUGGAGAGACCAGCUCGUACGCUUGACGUGUCAGGCUGACUCUGUGAAUGCUGGAGACAAACCACAAUGCUCUUAAUGUUAACUAGCUCAACUGUAACUGGUUUCAUUCCAAAACAUUAACCAUCCACACCUACUAGAUCAGAACGACAAAGAUCUGCUCUGCACAAGUGUCCUUGGGUGAACCUCUUGUCCAAAAAGGAGAAUUCCUCAGCUGUGAACAAUGGGGAAUAUGUUAGUGGCCAAGUGUGUACUGUCCAAACCCAUGGUUGUUAUGGACAGUGCAGUCUGACAAUGUGGUGGGAGCUGCAGAUAAAUCUCCAUGUAGCAGUGUGGAAAGCCACCUAGGAAGUGAACGAAACCAGGAAAAGUUGUUCAUCUCUUUGUUUAAACACAAAAUUCAAAAUCCAUUAAUUUCAUUUAAGGACACAAAUGAUUGGAUAAUAACAAAAGUAUACGGCAAACAAUUAAUCAAAACCCUUCAUCCUGACACUUACUGGACUUGUAAAAUAGCCAAAUGCAACAAAUUCAACUUUUUCCACUGUUUCUCACACCAAAGAAAACCAGCUGAAGGUUUAACACAACCUUGUUAUCUCGUCAGGUCACUCUGAAAGUGCAGAUGUGUCUUUUUUGGAAUACUAAUGUCUUGCAAGGACAAGGACUGUUGUUGCAGGAUGGGGCUAUUUCUUACUGAGGAUUUUGUUUGUGUGUGCAUGUUUGUGUGUCAUGUGUAUGCAAGUUACAAGAGAGGUGUAUCUACAUGACCGAAUGUAAAAAAUAAUAAUAAUAAAAAAAACAGCAGACAGACAAAAGAAAAGAAAGAAAAUAGUUAAAGCCCAUAAGCCUUUUCCUCUGCUUGGAAAACUCUGGGACCUGACCUUCUAUACAAACUUUCUCCGGGACGAUCUGUUCACUUGUAAAUAAUAUGCAACUGUACUCGUCUCAAGCAUUUCAAGAUUGUGAUUGAUUGUUUUGAUUGAUUUGCUUAUGAUACGUAGGUCACAAAAGUGCCUGUUCAAACUAAUAGAGGACAAACUCAAGUCAGACUUUGUCUUAUCGGUGCCACUCGUGUUCCUGUGUAACCAGAAUCUUGGAAGUUGAGCCCACGUUCCCUUUAACUACCAAUGUAUUUUUUUACACUGCAGAAUCUGUCCAGCUACGCAAGUUAUUCAAGCAAAACUCUUGUAAAAGUCUUGAAAUUCUGUUUUUCUAGAAACAAACGUAUUAAUUUCUUAAUACUGGCGGCAUACAUUGACACACCAACAUCAGUUGUUUUUCGUGAAAGUCCAUCUGCAGCGUCGUUAAGUCACUGAGAUGCACCACGGUUCAGAGAACUAAGGUUUGGCUGUAUAUAUUGUCUAUAUAUACUGUAAGCAAAUCAUUGCACUGGGCGGCUUUAUGCCAAUGUUGGAUUUUUAUGUGAUUUUUGUACCAAGGCAAUGAAGUGCAUUGAUUUAUCAGUUAUCAAAUUUGCUGGAUUAGCCGUAAUCUAACAUUCCUGUUAUUUUUUCCAAGUUAUUUUGUCCAUAAACACUUUCUAUAAAAUUACAUACAUAUUUAAAAGUACAUUCGUAUGUACUAAAUACAGCAUUUAAUCCAUGUCCCCCCUCUUAAUAAGAACCAAGGACUUGUCAGAAAACAUGGUUUUCAAUCACCACUAAAAGUGUAGCUAUUUUUUAUUAACACAACAUGAACAUCCCAGUUUAAACUAUGGAGAUUUACUGGGAUAUAUACAGGUUACUUUUUGGGGGCUUUUUUGUUACAUUUGAGAUGUAGCGGUUAUUGUCUGCUGACUUUGAAACAUCACAUAAUGCCCCUUUAGGCUGCAGUGAUUGAAACAUUAGAAGUUGCUGUUGGAUUUUGAUGCGAUCAGUCAGAUUUUAGUCUGGAUGACUUGCUCAGCUUGAAUGUUUGCAGUGUAACAUUCCUACAACAUUUCACUGGAGCUCCGCGGGCGGCAGAUCCAUCCAAAGACGUGUGUGCAGGUUAUUUCCCCACAGUGCCUUGUUGUAAAUUGUGUACACUUAUUUUGUAUUCUAUGCGUGGUUUCUUUUUGUUGGUAUAAUGUGCAAUGUUAUAUAUAUAUAUAUAUAGUAUAUAAUCAUGUGGCUGUACAUUUUAUACUGUAAGUCUUUGCCUUCUAUUUUUUCUCCUGAAUGAUGUCUAUGUGGUGAUUUUCUCAAGAUAAAAAUCUUGCUGUAUUUUUCUCUACGCAACUAUCCAACUGACAGUGGAUCUUUGACACAAUACUGGUAUCUUGUUUUGUUUUUUUUAUUUGUAUUAGCUGUGUUAUGUAUUGAAAGGAUGAUUCUAACAAUAAAUGGUUGCAUAUUUGGUCUAAGGGCGCA